GCCAGGGCUUGACUGACACCUCGCCGUGAGGCGACUCCGCGUCUCUUCGCCUCGGCCGUCGGCAACGGAGAGAGGGAUGGAGUCGCUCCGCGUCCAGCGGCUGCAGCCGGGCGUCGGCGGCGGGACGCUGCGCUCGCUGCGGCCCGGCGUGACGACGGGGGCGCUUCCCUCGGCCGCCUCAGCGCCGCCUCUCCCGCCGCCCCCGCCGCCGCUCGGGCUGACGCUCACCUUGGGGCCGCCGCCGCCGCCCCCUCCGCCGCUCCCGCCCUCCCUCUUGGCCGGAGUGACGGCCGGCGCCACCGCCGCCAGCCCCCCGGGAGCCGCCGGAGGCCCUCCCGCCGUCCUGAGGGAAGCCGUGGAGGCCGUAGUGCGGAGCUUCGCUAAGCACACGCAGGGAUACGGCCGCGUCAAUGUUGUUGAAGCGCUUCAGGAAUUCUGGCAGAUGAAGCAAUCCCGUGGUGCUGAUCUGAAAAAUGGCGCUCUGGUGGUUUACGAGAUGGUCCCAUCCAACAGUCCUCCUUACAUUUGCUAUGUUACGUUGCCAGGAGGGAGCUGCUUCGGCAGUUUUCAGUUUUGUCCAACGAAAGCGGAAGCCAGGAGAAGCGCUGCAAAAAUUGCCCUGAUGAAUUCAGUCUUCAAUGAACAUCCAUCCCGUAGAAUCACGGAUGACUUUAUUGAGAAAAGUGUCCUAGAGGCUUUGGCCUGUUUCAACGGCAACAGAGAGGAAGCUGAUAACCCAAGUACAGGCAUUGGUGCAUUCCGCUUCAUGUUGGAGUCCAACAAAGGGAAAUCCAUGUUAGAGUUCCAGGAGCUGAUGACCGUUUUCCAGCUGCUGCACUGGAACGGAAGCCUUAAAGCCAUGCGAGAGAGGCAGUGUUCACGACAGGAGGUGCUGGCACACUACUCCCAUCGUGCUCUGGAUGAUGAUAUACGGAACCAGAUGGCAACGGAUUGGGUCAACCGGGAGCAGAACAUCCCCGGGGCCCUUUCCAGGGAGCUGGCCUCGACCGAGCGUGAACUGGACGAAGCUCGGCUAGCUGGGAAGGAGCUGAGAUUUCACAAGGAGAAGAAAGACAUCCUGAUGUUGGCGGCUGGCCAGCUGGGGAACAUGCAUUCUUCCAACUGCUAGGACUCACGUAGCUCUUUUCUCUCCCCCUCGUUUAACUACUCUCUCUCUGCCCACAGUAGUUUGCUGGAGAAGGAAUGUUACAAAUAUGAAGAAGCCCCAUGUUCAACCCGAUUUUUCCUAAUUUUUAUUGUGCAAUGUGAUGUUUGUGUUUGGGAGACCUUUAGUGCAGGAUUUGAAAAUAAUCUUAAUUGCCUUAAUUUUUUUAGUUCUAAGUGAAAGGUAUCCUCCCAUUAGAGUAGGAAACCUGAAUUAACCUUUUGGAGGGAAAAAACCAUCGAGUUUGUUCAGAACUCGGCUUCGGUCCCGAUCACCUGAACUGUGUCAUUGAACAGCUGCCAAUCGGAUGGGAUUCAGCCGGUUCCUGGAGAACUGGAUGCUAAAUUUACAUCUGGUUUGCCAAACCAGUAGUUGCAAGGACUGGCUGGCCCCAUUCACCCACCCCACCCCACCCCUCUCCACACGGCCCAUUUUGGAUGCCAGGUAAGUGCAGAGCCCACGCAGAGGCUCUGGGCGGGCGAAAAACGGGCUUCCCGGAAGUCUGGAAACGGCUGUUUCUGGCCUCUGGAGCCCGGGAGAGGCCAUUUCCACCAUCUCGGAGGCUCAAGAAAAGCCUCCGGAGCCUGGGGAGGGCAAAAAGCUCCCCCCCCCCCCCGCCAUGGUGCAGGAGGCCGAGUAAGCCACACCCACCAUGGCCACGCCCACCCAGUAACCAGGCAGAGAACCGGUUGCUAAAUUUUUUUGAAUCCCACCUCUGCUGCCAAAGGCCUUGUUUCCAAGAACAGAGGACCAAUUGCACACUUAAAAAAAAAAAGAUUGUUGAAAACUCUGUAUAGAUUUUAUACGUGGACCUCUGUGGAGGUCUUUUCACUCUGCUGAAGGAACUUUUUGUAGAACAUACUUAUAAUGUAACUUUUUUUUUUCUUUCUGGAGAAAUAGACCUUUGCUCGAAUCUUGAUUCUAUCCAGGUAUUUGUACAGUCAUCAGUAUUACGUAGAAAAGUAACACUGCCACCAAAGAAUGCCAGUGUUUGUUAUUAAGGUAUAAUGCAUCGAUAUAUGCUACGCGGAUGUGUACCUACAGUUAAAGUAGUUUGAUAUACACCAUCUUUUCUUACCACUUGUAAGUAGAGCACUUAAAACGCCCUGUUUCCGUUAUUGUCCAGCCACCAGUAUUCUUUUUUAACUGGACUGGUCGCUCCUUUUUUCAGCGCCAUUAACUUUGGAACAGUCCCUACACUACCGUUGUAAAUCAAGCACUACCUAUAUUGACCAUGACUUUAAUUUUAUGUUCUUGUGUUCAAGGUUUACUUUCAAAGUCUUAGGACACAUUAGGUCUCCAACCUUGGCAACUUUUAAGACUUGUGGACUUCAGCUCUUUUAAAUCGAAAUUUUAAUCUGUUUUAAAUUAUUGGGAUUUUUAAUUGUCUCAGGCUAAAUUAUUUAAUCUGGUUUUAAUUAUGUUUCUAACUUUUGUAUCUAUGUAUUUUAUUUUGUGCCUGUUCACCGCCCAGAGUCCUUCGGGAGUAGGGCGGUAUAUAAAUUUAAUAAAAAAAAAAAAACUCCCAGAAUUCCUCAGCAAAGCUAGCUGAGGAAAUCUGGGAGUUGAAGUCCACAAGUCUUUUAAGAGUUGCCAAGGUUGGAGAUUCCUGCAUUAGGGGAAUGUUGGUCACUUCCAUGCCAGGUUAGUUUGGUUUUUUGCUGGGUUUUUUUUUUUAAUGUCAUGUAUAAACAAGCUUCAAGCCCUGAUCCGGUACAAAAACUUGGCAUAAGAGAUCUCUUGAUGAAAAACUUCAAGCCGUCUUAAGGUAAAGGGAGCAAUUUGCAAAAUGUAGGUGUUCUGGACAGACAUUUGUCUUUAAAAUAGUAUAGGAUCUCCUGCUUGAGCAUGGGGUUGGACUAGAUGUCCUCCAAGAUCCCUUCCAACUCUGUUAUUUUGUGCCAGUCUAUGAUUAUAGUAAAAGAUUUGAUUGGUUGGUGGAAAUAUUAGCCAGUGAUCAGCGGGCUCAAGAAAAUACGGUGUGGGUUUGUUUUUGUUUUUUGGUCUUCAAUAUCUUGCCAUUUGUAUACAUGAAAUAAUAAAACAAUAUCCUCUUUUAUAUAUAUAUAUAUAUAUAUUUAUAUAUUUUAUACAUAGCUAUUGUUUACACAGUAUUAAUGUUUAAACAUUUAUAAAGUUAGCUGAUAACUAAAUUCUUUGAAGAAUUUACAUGAAUGUCUCCCUCUAUUGUUCACACUAGUCUGGCCGACUGGUAGGUUACCAUAUUUGGGGUUAUUUCUCUUGCCUGAACCUGUCCAGAGACUGAAUAUGUCUCGGUUUUUACACGACCCAAAUGCGAAUCCUGUACUUGCCUCUCCUGCCGAUUUCUUUCCUGACCACGCAGCUUUCUUUCUCUUGUUUUCUGUAACAGUUACAGUAUUGAUAAUCUCCAGAUUAUCCAUGCCAGUAUUACCUACGAUAUUCCCCUACGCUGCUUGCCUCUUUCACGAUUUGUGCGUUCAGGAUUUCGUUUGUAAUGCAUAGUUUUUGUGUAAUAAAACAGGAUUUGGGAAAAGUU